AUGAAGUCCCAAUCACUCAUCGCCGGAGCUGCGCUUCUUGUUGCGGGUGCAUCCGCCCACGGCAACAUCACCUCGCCUCCUGCACGUAUCCCCGGCCCGGCAAUGGCUGCCGCCUGCGGUGAUGCCGCUGUUGCGAAUGUCGAGGCUGACGGCACCAUCCCCCUGGAGAACGUUCUGCCCACCGGUGCCUCCUGCCAACUCGACCUCUGCCGUGGCGCCACCUUCGCCGACAACGCCGCCCAGGUGCAAACCUUCACCCCUGGACAAGUAGUUGCCAUGACAGUUGACAUCCCGAUCCCGCAUGAAGGCCCCAUGAACGUGUCCAUUGUGGACACCAAGACCAACACCGUGGUCGGAGGACCCCUAAUCGAAUUUGAAAGCUACGCCGACGAGGCACUCGCCGUGCUGCCCGCUAACAACACCGCCUUCAGCGUCACCAUGCCAACGGACCUGGCCGCCGGGACUUGUGCCGUUGCAGGCGAUUGCGUGUUGCAGUGGUUCUGGUUCGGUACCGGAGCUAAGCAGACGUAUGAGAGUUGUGUGGACUUUGUAAUGGGAAAUGCUACCGCCACUGCUUCGUGUGAUGCGUCCAGUGCGCGUGUCCGCAGGCGAUACGUCGCGUAA